CGGACUCCGCCCCUCCGCGGCCAGGGUCGUUCUCCGCCGGCCGCCUGGCUGCCCUGGCCUUUGCUCGCGCCCCGGCCUUUUGCAAAGCCGCCUCCCCGACGGCUGCCGCCAUGGUGCUCAACCCGGUCAUUAGGAAGCUGGUCAACAAAAGGGUGGUGCUGGCGAGCGGCUCUCCCCGCAGGCAGGAGAUCCUAUCCAACGCGGGUCUCCGCUUUGAAGUUGUUCCAUCUUGGUUCAAAGAAACUCUUGACAAGGCUACUUUUUCAGCCCCGUAUCAAUAUGCUAUAGAAACUGCAAAACAGAAGGCACUUGAAGUAGCAAAAAGAAUGCAUGUGAAACAUCUUCAAACACCAGAUAUUGUUAUUGGAGCAGACACUAUAGUGAGUAUAGAAGAACAAAUUUUGGAGAAACCAGUGGACAAGCAGGAUGCAUAUAAGAUGCUUUCAAGGUUAAGUGGCAAAGAGCACAGUGUUGUAACAGGUGUUGCAAUUGCUCACUGCAGUAGUAAAGAUGAUUAUCUAGACACUGAAGUCACUGAAUUCUUUGAAGAAACAAAAGUCAAAUUUGCUGAACUCUCUGAGGAACUUCUGUGGGAGUAUAUCCACAGUGGUGAGCCAAUGGACAAAGCUGGUGGAUAUGGGAUCCAAGCACUUGGGGGAAUGUUGGUGGAAUACGUUCAUGGAGAUUUCUUGAAUGUGGUAGGAUUUCCUUUGAAUCACUUCUGCAAAAAGUUAGGCGAACUAUAUUAUCCACCCCCAAAGAACACCAUCCAUCAUAUAAAGUGUGACUCUAUCCCUUCGGUGGAGACCUUUGAGAUCCUAAGUGAUGGAGACUAUGAUUCUUCAGAUAAUACACAAAUGGAAGAUGCCAAAAGGCUAACAAAUGGUGGACCUGUGGAGCUGGAAAAGUGCAAAGAAAGCAAUUGCAGUUAUAAAGUGCCUGUGGAAAUUCAGAAUGGAGUACCAGGAAAUGUAACGCAGUGCCUCUCUAAACUUACGCAUCUUCUGGAUGGUUUUAAAGCCUCAAAG